AUGCGCUUCUUCGAAUGUAGCUGCUCUCCAUUUCCCAGUCAACUGUCUUCUUUUCUCACCCACCUCCUCAUCCUGUACACUCUCUCGUCAUCAGUAGAAGCCAGUUCUCGUAACAACUAUCAAUGGUCGUACGAUUCGGACGUUUUCGGUGGUCCCGAUUUUUGGGGUUUAGUGGAAAAAGAUUGGUGGAUGUGUAGAAAAGGACGGCUACAAUCGCCAAUCGAUAUUCAACCCGAUCGACUGUUAUUCGAUGCCAGUGUCAAGCCAGUUCGUCUGGAUAAACUUCCAGUGCUAUCUGAAUUCGUGAACACUGGUCAAAUGGUACGUAUUCGCAUCGGUUACUCCACAAAAAAGCCAUCGGUCAACAUCACAAACGGUCCGCUAUACGGGUAUAGAUAUCGGGUCCAAAGAAUCGAUUUUCAUAUGGGUCGUGGGAAGGAAAAUGGCAGUGAGCAUACGAUAAAUGGGCGGAGAUUCCCGAUGGAAGUUCAGCUGGUGGCCUUCAAUACGGACCUGUAUCCCAACUUCACUGCCGCCUCGAAAUCCCCACAUGGGAUAGCGAUACUCUCCGUUUUGGUUGAUUUCGGCGCUCAAACGAAUCAAGAGCUGACAAAGCUGACGAUCGCCACGGCGAGCAUCAGCUAUAAAGAUCAGAGGGUCCAGAUGGCGGAUUUCGAGCCGUGGCGGCUUCUACCGUUCACCCGGGACAUCAUCACUUAUGAGGGAUCGCUAACGUCUCCCGGAUGUCAUGAGACGGUGACGUGGAUUAUUCUGAAUCAACCCAUUUUUAUCACCAGGGAACAUUUUGAAGAAUGGUCCCAUCUCUAUCACACCAUGGAGGGUGCCGAAAAAGUGCCCGUCGCGCCCAACUAUAGAAAAAUCCAAGAAACUAACAAUCGACUGGUUCGCACCAAUAUUCAGCAUAAGGUUUGA